CUAGCAUCGCUGUAGCGUUCUGUCGUCUGUUGUGUGUUUGUAAACAUUGCCGGUAAAUGCAAUUGGUGUGUGGCGUCUACCUCAAAAUUAAUAGAGAUGCUUGAAACUGAUGAGGCGCUUUACAGUGUGAGGCACCCUGAGUAUAAAAAUAGAUUACGAAAAUUGAUGCAAAAAAUCAAAAGUGGAGCCAGUGCACAGGUGGCGUACACUCCACAAGUGUACUGGUUCCUCAUGCUCAAAUUUCUCGACGAGAGUGUGAGCAAUAUAGAGAGCACGGAAAGUAAAAGUGAACGUGCCACACCGACGUUUGAGGAAAUGUUUGAGUGUGAAAUCCAGGCUCUACAAGAACCUUCUGUGGCAUGCAGUGAGCCACAGCGCCGGCAUCAAGAGCGACCUCCCAGAAAAAGAAGGAAAGGCACAACAGAUGUUGCAACAGACAUCAUUGUGGAGGCCACCAGGACAUUGAAGACUGUGGCUGAUAUGGCCAGGACUCUGCCCCGGCCUGUCCAAGAAGACCGCUACAGUGCCCUCGCCACCCACUUCACAGCUGAACUGCAUAAGAUGGAUAAUGUGAGUGGUACGGAAUUUUUAAUGGGCACAAUACAUAGUUUGCAGUGGUGUUUGAUGGACAGGUGGGAUUUUCUGCAUGCAACAGCUCAACAAGCACAACUGUCUGCCUCUGCAUAUAUCCAGGUUGCCUUGAAGUGGGCUGGUAUAGAAGAGGACGAUACCAUACUAUAAAUUACAUAUAUAUGUAUAAUUUUUUUGUAGCUCUCCAGUCUUCUUAAUCUAUGUUUGUACUUAGGAUGCCUCACAUUGUAAAAUGCCUAAUCAGCUUCAUACAUCUCUUUUAAUUUUUUUAAUUUUGUAAUUUCGGACGCCAAUUGGUACAUGCUGUGUUAAUAAAAUAAAAUAAAAAUUGUUCUUAAUGAACAUAAA